UCACAUCCCUCCAAUAACUUUUCCAUUUGUCUCCUUCGAAUUCGAAGAACACCUGCUCCAUUUUCGGCUUUCGUCAAUCUGUUGCGGUUGAUCUGGAAAACAUAUCUACAUACAUGGACAGGAUAGUUGGGGGAAAGUACAAACUCGGGCGUAAGAUCAGAAGUGAAUCCUUCGUUACAGUUCAUCAAGCGACGGAUGUUAAUACGCUUGAAAUCGUCGCCGUCAAGAUCGAGAACAAUAAGAAAAGACAUCCAGAACUUCGAUAUGAAGCCAAGUUAUACGAUACUCUUCUGCGAGGACGUGGUAAGCGUGGUAUACCUGGCAUAAAAUGGUCUGGUGUAGAUGGAGAAGAUAACAUUUUGGUAAUGGAUUUGCUGGGACCAAGUCUUGAGGACCUGUUUGUCUCAUGUGGGAGAAAAUUUCAAUUGAAAACAGUCUUAAUGUUGGCUGAUCAAAUGAUAACGAGAAUCGAAUAUGUUCAUUCCAGAGGGAUUUUGCAUCGUGAUAUCAAGCCUGGUAAUUUUCUUAUGGGUAUGGGUGAAAAAGCAAGUGAGGUUUAUAUUAUCGAUUUUGGGGUAGCUAAGAGAUUUUGGGAUUUAAAUCGACAUAUCCCUUACAGGGAGAACAAAAAAGCUAUAAUUGGAACAUUACAUUUUGCAACUUGCAUUGCACAUCUUAAAAUUGAGCAAAGCCGACGUGAUGAUUUAGUAUCUCUUGGAUAUGUACUUCUAUAUUUUCUCAGAGGAAGCCUUCCAUGGCAGGGUCUAAAAUAUCGAACAGCGAUGCAGAAGCAUGAGAAAGUAUGUGAGAUGAAAUCAUCAACUCCAAUUGAGUCAUUGAGAUUUGACGAACGGCCUGAUUAUGGAUUUUUGAAACGUCUAUUCCAAGAAUUAUUCACUCGUGAAGGGUUUGAAUUUGAUUACAUCUAUGAUUGGACAAUUCUUGAUCAACUGUCACAAAACAGUAAAACUCAGCCACAUGUAUUGCCAGCUCAUGGAGAAAGCAGCAGUGCAGCCGCUUCGAAAAGAUAUGGAAAAACAUCUAGAUGAGUUAUAAACAGAUCGGAUGAGGUCAAACACUGUUGCAAGUGAAUGCAACUAAAAUCACCAAUCAACAUACAAUGCUCAUAACAAUCUUCCCAAGUGAAAUUUGACUCGUCUACUUCUAGUCCCUAAAGUGUAAUUAUGUUUCAUGUUCAGUCCCUGGACUGUGUGCAUCUGUUUAAGUCCAUGCUAAAUGACCACUUUGUCCUUGUCUACUUAUGAGAAAUCUGAAAUAAAUGCAAC